AUGAAUAAUAAUAAUAAUAAUAAAAAUAAUAAUAUAUUAAUUGCUAAUCAAUGGCAAUUAGAACGUAAAUUAGGUUCAGGUUCAUUUGGUGAUGUUUAUCGAGCAUUAAAUAUUCAAACUGGUGAAUAUGUAGCUAUUAAACUAGAAGCAAAUAAUGCUUAUUCACAACAAUUAGCAUUUGAAGCUAAAUUAUAUAAAUUAAUGAAAGAUAUACAAGGUAUUCCAAAAUUAUUUUGGUUUGGCGAAGAAGGUGAUUAUAAAUGUUUAGUUAUAGAACUUUUGGGACCAUCAUUAGAAGAUCUUUUUUAUUUAUGUAAACGAGAAUUUUCAUUGAAAACUAUUCUUAUGUUAGCUGAUCAAAUGAUUAUACGUAUAGAAUGUUUUCAUCGAAAAUUUUAUCUUCAUCGAGAUAUUAAACCAGAUAAUUUUCUUAUUGGUAUUGGAAAAGAUUCGACCAAGAUAUUUCUCAUCGAUUUUGGUUUAGCAAAAAAAUUCUUUGAUCAUCGUUUAAAUAAACAUAUAUCAUAUAAAGAAGGCAAAAGUUUAACAGGUACACCUCGAUAUGUAUCUAUUUCAACACAUCUUGGUAUUGAACAAUCGCGUCGUGAUGAUAUGGAAGCACUUGCUUAUGUUCUUAUUUAUUUCAGUCGAGGUACACUACCAUGGCAAGGCAUAAAAGCAUUAAAUAAACGACAAAAAUAUGAAAAAAUAUGUGAAUUAAAAAUGUCAAUAUCAAUAACAAAUCUUUGUGCAGGAUUUUCACCUGAAUUUUCAAUGUAUUUAAAUUAUUGUCGUCGAUUACAAUAUACAGAUGAACCUGAUUAUUUUUAUAUACGUCAAAUAUUUCGUAAUUUAUCUUAUCGUCUUAAUUAUCAAUAUGAUUAUAUGUUUGAUUGGAUUUUAUUAAAAAAUCAAAUAUCUUCACAUUUUUUAGAUCAAAAUCAACAGCAACGAAAAAAGAAUAGCAUAAGGAGUAAUAGUAAUAAACUUAUUUGA